CGUGCGGGUUCUGCCCCGAUAAUUAACGGACUGUGUAUAAUCCGCCUGAUAUUUAUUUCAAUUUUUAUUCAUCAUCGUAACUGUUUUAUAUUUAAAAACAAAAACAAUAUACUGUUAAAUUUGUGAAUUUUUUUUUUUAAAUAUAAUUUGUUCAGGGGAAGGUUUGUUUUAGAGAGUUUAGUUAGAGAGUUUAGUUAAAGAGUUUCAGCUAGAGAGAUGGUUCGAGAGUUCUGACAGAAAAGAGGCGGGAAAUUCCAGACGGUGUGGUACCGGCGUGUUUGAUGUUCUAGAUGUGGUCGCCGCAUUCGCCUAAUCUACACUAAUCCUCACACGACUCGUGUGGGGGGAGAAAUCCUAUAAAAGAGGCGAGGAUUAGACUCUGACUCGCUGUGACUCCGCGUCUUAGAAGCAGGACUUUGAUUGGACUUUGGUUGAAGAGGACCCGUGAGGACUUUGUUCAGAUUUGGGAAGGUCUCGUGAGGACUUUGUUACGAAUUGAGAGGACAGUUAAAGGCCUUCUUUAAACUGCGCAUUACAUUCCAGCAACGAUUCGAACCCCGGACCUCCAUCAAGAAAAACUGAAAUCCCCAUGGCGCUAGAUAAGUUUGUAGGCAGAUGGUUGGAGGAGAAGAAGGAAGGAUUUUCUUGCCUCGCCGAUGCUUUGGGUUUAAGCGGGGAGCAGAGGGCGUUUUUCGAGAACAGCCAAUCAGAACUGUCCUACAAGCGUGAUGGCGACGCGUGGACCAUCCAAGUGGGCAUUGUGGGAGUCCCGCAGAGCACGACCUUCACCUUCAAGCUGGGAGAAACAUACGACUCGACAAACAUAGACGGCUCACCUUUAAAAAGUGUGAUACAACAAGAUGGCGACAGACUGGUUGAGAAACACGAAAACCAGGGUCAGAGGUCAUUUGUCAUGGAUAUAGUUCGAGAGGUCAACGAUAACAUUAUGAAUGCUACUGCGACUAUUGGAGGCGUCUCAAUGCUGACGAUCUACAAGAGAACAUAAAGUGCAUUAAUUAAAUUAAUUAAAACUAAUUAAAUUGUAUUUAUAGGAAAACAAAGUAUUUCAAAUUAUCCCUGCCUAGGUAUUUAUAUGUAUAACUGAUUUAUUUCUUUUUUUUUAAAUGUCACAUUUUUGUUUAUUACGCCAUUUUUUUUUAAAUUUAAGUAUUUUAAUUUAAAUUAAUCAAAACAUCCAUAAUGACUUACACCAAGGGAGAUGUAUUCCCCGAAUUGUCACUAUUGCCUUUGUGUAUAUUAUGCUACGCUUUUUAUUCGUCGAUAAAAUAAUUGAUUCAUUAUACUAUAGUAAGUUAACAGCAAGAAUACUGUAUUCCAAACGUUAAAAUCUCGCGGCGUCCACUAUACAUCCCCAUUUGUGAUCUUUAAUAUACCAGUCUAUGGAAAAUAACCCUAGAAUACUUAAAAAGGAUUUCAUCAACAAAAUAUAUAGACGAUUAAUAUUUAGUUGUUAAGAUUGCUUUAAGGGUGUGUUUAGUGUGUCAAUUUCGACACUUAUUCACAUGCAUUUUAGCGCAUUUCUAAUAACAAACAAAGACAAACUCAAAUAGGUUUGUCAAAUGGUGUAAUGUUCAAUUAUGCAACAGAUGGUGAAAUAGCAAGGAUCUUUUCAACCCAGAAUGUAACUAGACAGUAACGUAUUCGUGUGUAGGCCGACAGUAUAGCAAUAAUAACGAUAACACAAACGUUGUCACAUCAUGUAUUCAAUACAAUCAACUCAUUCCAUUCUAUGCUGAAGAUUUUAGAACUACAAAAAAUAAUAAAACCUUAAUUUCAUUCAAUUUGUUUUUCAGUGAAAAUACAUUUAAUUUUUAGCUCUUACCGCAUUUCGAUUAAACCUUUCGUAACAUUUUUCAAUUUGUUUUUACUUUUUAAAACUACUUAUAGCUUUCGUCUAAAACAUCUUUCGUACUUUAACUCCAGUAUUUGCAGUUUAUAAGAGAUUCGACGUAAGUGUAUAGAUAUUAGGGGUUCCGAACCCAACCGUCCCUUUAUUGUGUAUGUAUGAUCAACUCUUCAAAAUGUAGGAUUAGCGUACUAGUUUUAAGGAGCCAGCUUGCUAUAUCUUAUCACUCGACGAGGUUUCGACAAAUUUAUGUGAUAGUUUUUUAGCAUUCAGAAUACUUGUUUUCAAUAAAACCUGAUUUUGUUAAUAUCAAGAUUAAUUAAUUAUGCUUUAAAACAAUUACAUUUACUAAUCUACAGAAGCAAAGUGCUUAACGUUUGCAAUAAUUAUUUACUUCUAGUAUUACAUAAAGAAACUUCAUGACAAAAACCCAUCCUUGUAUUGUUAAAAUAUUUCCUUGUACGCGAUUUUAAUUUAACAUUAUUUUAAUUGAACAUUAUACAAUGCUUUUGUGUGUAUGUUUUCAAAGAGAGCGUCAGUAUUUUGUUGUGAACUAUGUUCAGUUACAUUGGCUUUUACCAAGGAUAUGUGCAUAUAACAGUUAUUCCCAUGAAGCAAUACAAUCAUCAUAGGAGUUUCAGAAUUUCUUUCAGGCAUUUCCUCAGGGAGGUGAGGGCACUGCACUACCGAAAACCUCAACCCACCCCUACCCCCUCCACCCCACUCCGAUGAAAUUGUAAAAUAAAAUAAAAAUGUAUACGGAAAUUAUUUACUGUAACCAGUAUCUUCGCCUCCCUAUACUGAAAACUUGCCCCCCACCCCCC